AUGCGGGAUCAUGGUGAUAAUGAGAACAUGAAUACUUUGACGACAAUACGUAUCACCACUUACGCACAAGACCUACACAACAGUACAACCGGUCCAGUUGAAGAUUCUGAUGCUGAGUCUUUCCAUUCUGCAAUCACAAGUGCCACCAAUGCUUGGAUUUAUCCGACGAGCAGCCAUAAAACCCACACCUACAUGAUCAAAUACGAGCCGAAAAAGAAUGACAGCUCUAGACCCGGAACCGCCACCAAGGUGUCAGAUGACCGACAUUCAGAAAGUCAACUUUCACGUCCAUCGUCAAGGCGUUCGUCAAAAUCCUCCCCUUCCGUCCCUAGACGGAAAAGUAGUCUCGGGAAGAGGAGGACAACGGCUUCUCGAAAAGCAAAUACCACCGCUCUGCACCGAAAAAGCUGCCAGAUUUUCUCCUCUCUGGACGGUGUACUCGCGUUAAGCAGAGAGAUCACUCCCUUACCCAGCGUAUCUAGCUCAAGAUCAGCGACAAGACAUCCAUCACUGAUACCAGAGGAGGCCAGCACAUCCGCCACGACCAAUAUGGCCCAGAUGUGCGAGAAACUCGAUGCAAAACUGGCUUACACCUAUUCCUAUUCUUAUUCUCUCAACACCGAUUCCACAUCAUCCAUACCCCUACAACCACCAAAGCCAAACACCGGCGUUGAACCAGACACAAUCUAUGGUCAGAUAGCAGCGUCAGAGACCGCCCGCCGCCUAAAUAAGCCUCAGAGCGACAUCCACAGCCUCACCCCAGAACGACCGCCCUUCGACACCGUCAUCUCUUGGACAUCCGACGAGACACGGCGCAAGGAGUACGCCAAAAUCGACCGCGCAAACAGCGGAUUAAGAGGCCUUCUUCGGAGACUCAUGCCGAGACAUCUGCUCUCGAAAAACUCGCGCCGUGAUUUCUUCACGGGCAAAUGCGAUGGAGAUAGUGUCAGACGAUUUCGCAUGGACGUUCCUGAUGACGACGCUGCCGCAGACAAUCAUCCAUCUGAGGACCCUGGAGGGCAGAAAGCGCCACCCGAGGAGGCUUCGAUUCCUGCACUAGUGGAAGGGGGAGGCGAGGGUGAGUGCGAGGGGAAAGAAGCAGAGAAGAACCUGGCUCACAGCCAAGAACCGCUGCGUCGGAAAUGGUCUUGCUUUUGA